GCCAGAAAAAAUGGCGACACAAAUCUCCAAAAAGAGAAAGUUCGUUGCCGAUGGCGUAUUCAAAGCCGAAUUGAACGAGUUUCUUACUCGAGAAUUGGCCGAGGAUGGUUACAGUGGUGUUGAAGUUCGUGUCACACCAACAAGAACAGAAAUCAUUAUUUUGGCCACAAGGACACAAAAUGUGUUGGGCGAAAAAGGACGUCGCAUCAGAGAGCUGACAUCAGUGGUGCAAAAGAGAUUCAACUUCCCAGAAGGCACAGUUGAGUUGUAUGCUGAAAAGGUUGCCACCAGAGGUCUCUGUGCCAUCGCUCAGUGUGAGUCUCUCCGUUACAAGCUUAUUGGAGGUCUUGCAGUCAGGAGGGCAUGCUAUGGUGUUCUGAGGUUCAUCAUGGAGAGUGGAGCCAAGGGUUGCGAGGUUGUCGUAUCUGGCAAGCUCCGUGGUCAGAGAGCCAAGUCUAUGAAGUUUGUAGAUGGUCUCAUGAUCCACUCUGGUGACCCCAUCAAUGACUACGUUGAUACCGCAGUCCGACACGUACUCCUCAGACAAGGUGUGCUUGGCAUUAAAGUAAAAAUUAUGUUGCCCUGGGACCCCAAUGGCAAGAUUGGACCUAAGCGCCCUCUACCAGAUCAUCGAACAGAAGGGAGGCAAAGAGGCCCAAACUGCAAUGCCCGGUGGUGCCCCAGCUCCUGGCGCACCUGCCCCAGUCAAUGUUAUGGCCUAGGUGAACCUCUGUAUACAGCCAAAGCCCUACAAACUAUCAAAGAAAGACAUUACAACAUGGACUUUCAGGGUUUGAUGUAACAAAAUAUGAAAAAAGAAAAUAAAAAAAUAUGAAGAAAAUGAUGCUCUAUUAUUGUCCUUUGAGGGCCUUGAUUUCCUACGGAGGCGAAAUGGAGUGAAAUGUGCUCAAGGAAUACAAGUCAACAUCAUAAGAUGCAUAUACCAGUGUGUUGCCAACCUACUGUUUUCUUACAGGAAUCUACAAUUUUUAUGUAACUUCCAAAAGUGGCGAUAUAUAUAUCGCUAUAGUCUCCAACAUUUUUGUGUUCGGCAGUUGGCAUUCAGAUUUCGGCAUCUGUUACAAAUAAUAGGUGGUGGAUGCAUGUUAAAAAAGAUUCACAUUACAGUCUGUUACACCGCUUCAAAGGCAAGCAGUUGAACCUGAAAAAUAAGAAAUCUAUAGACCAUUGUGCCAUAAUAUAUAGAAAAAUAUAUUCAUAUUGCAC